AUGACAAGUGUAUUUUCUGACGACUUAACUGAAGAUUUUAAAAAGCUAUAUGAAACCAAAGAGCAUUAUGACACAAUUAUCAUUGUUGGAGAAGAACCAAAUGUUGAGCGAAUUUAUGCUCAUUCUAUAAUUCUUUGUACUAGAUCAACUUAUUUUCGUAGUGCGUUAUCUGAUAAAUGCGUUAAAAGAAAAGAUGGUUAUUGGAUUUUAUCAAAACCUAAUUUGAAUGCUUUAACUUUUGAAAUUAUUCUAAAGUUCCUGUAUUGUGGUAUAGUUGACUUUAGCAACCAAAAACUUGAAACAAUCUUAGAAAUUCUAGUUGCUGCAGAUGAAUUUUUAAUUCAAAAACUUAUUGAUUUUGUUCAAACCUUUUUUAUAAGUAAUAGUUAUACAUACUUACAACAAAGUCCUAUUAAAAUGAUUCAUUUUAUUAUUCAUAAUAAUCAAUUCAAUGAAAUCAAAGAAGCUUAUUUGGAGGAAAUUUGCAGAAAUCCUCAUUUACUAUUUGAUUCAGAGGAAUUUCCUUUAUUAGAAGAAGAUGCGCUAAAAUUAAUUCUUAAAUGUGAUAACCUCGAUAUGAAAGAAAAUAUUAUCUGGAAAAAACUAGUUGAAUGGGGGAUCGCACAAAAUACAGUGCUUGAAGAUACUAAGAGUGAUGGCAUGAUGAGUGUAGAUAUUAAGAAUAAUGACAUGAUGUAUGAAGACACUAAGAAUAAUGGCACGAUGUGUGAAGAUACUAAGAGUGAUGGCAUGAUGUGUGAAGACAAGGAGAAUUAUAACAUUAAUAUAUUAAAAGAGACAUUAGGUGAAUUAAUUAAACUUAUUAGAUUUUAUCAGAUGGACCGUAAAGAGUUUAUUCCUGAAGUAUGGGAAUAUAUGAGCAUCCUUCCUAAGGAUUUAAUUAAAGAUGUACUACGCUGUUAUUUAGACUCAGAUGCUAAACCAUUCUAUCAACCAUUUUUGAUUAGAUGGGGGAACUUUAAAAUUGACUCAAUAUUAAUAAAUAGGGAGAUUGCACUAUUAUUGAUGAAAUGGAUAGAUAAAAAAUCUAAAGAUGAUAAGAACUUAAAGGGAUUUAAAUACAAUUUUAAUCUUCUUUUUCGAAGCAGCUUAGAUGGUCUUUCAUCCCAAGCAUUUCAUCGAAAAUGUGAUAACAAAGGUGCAACAUUUAUUAUUGCAAAAAUCCAAGAUUCAAAUUUUCUUAUUGGAGGUUAUAAUCCACUUGAUUGGAUUGGUAAAAAUGUAAGGAAACGAACAAAGAGUAGCUUCUUAUUUGCAACUGAUUCUAAAGAUCUCAAAAAUGCAGUAGUGUCACGUGUUAAUCGUAAUGAUGUUGGGUUUGCUAUUCAUUGCAAUGAUAGUCAAGGUCCAAUUUUCGGGGAAGGCCCCGAUUUAUAUGUUCCAAAUAACAGCACUACUUGGAAAUUUAAACCAAAAUCCUACCCUAAACUUAUGAACUCAACGUCACAUACAAUCUUGGAUUAUGAAGUCUUUCAAGUAGUUAGCAACGUUACGGAGUUUUCUGUCAAAGAUCAA